AUGGACGGAUAUGUAGCUCGAGGCUACCAGCUGGAAAUGCUAGAGCAGAGCUUGAAGGAGAAUAUAAUCCUGGUGAUGGACACUGGAAGCGGGAAAACGCACGUGGCAAGCAUGCGAAUAACAGCCGAACUUGCGCGGUGUAGCUCGGAAAAGAUAGUUUGGUUCCUGGCGCCCACGGUCGCGCUCGCCGCUCAGCAGAAAGAAGCUAUCGCUUUACAUAUCCCAGCUAUCAACAUCAGACUGUUAAUCGGGGACGACGGGGUGGAUCGCUGGAGUGAGCAGAGGAUUUGGGAUGCUGCGCUUUGCGAUAUGAGUGUCGUUGUUUCAACGCACGCCGUUUUGGCGGACGCGUUGGCGCAUGGGUUUGUUAGGAUGGAGAAGUUGGCGCUUAUUGUUUUUGACGAGGCUCAUCACUGUGUCAAGAACCACCCGGGUAAUCGGAUUAUGAGAGAUUUCUACCAUCCCACUAAGAAGAGCAGAGGCCCGCAGGCUGUGCCUCACAUUCUGGGAUUGACAGCGAGCCCAAUUAUGAAAUCCAAGGUCGCUGAUAUCCGGAAAAUCGAGAACAAUCUUGACGCAGUGAGCCGGACUCCGCAACUACAACGACAAGAACUCAUGAAAUACAUCCACCGGCCAAAUCUAUCUUUACUAAUAUACCCUACCGUAUCUGCCAAUGCAAUCCCUCCUGAGGAAGUACACUCCCUCCAAGUAUUAUUCCAACUCCUCCCUGACCGAAACUAUGGCCCUUCCUCAGAUUUCACCGGUGCCCUGAUUGGCCUGAUAGGCGCAAAAGCGCAAGACCAGAUGACCAGGUUCUUUAUUAAAGCCAUGAGAAUCUACUAUACGCUGGGUGCCUGGGCUGCGGACUUUUUUAUCACAGAGACGACGCGCAGGACCGUGGGACAGGUGGAAUCAAAUGUCAACAGCUUAUGGGUAGACCAAGCGAAGGUAGGCUUAGCUGAGAGGCUACAGCCCGUUUUGCACACCAGUCGAAUCCCGCUUUGUGCCUCCGGCGCUGUCUCUGGAAAGGCUGAGCGUCUUUUAUCAUUUUUGCAACAAGAGCACCAUGGAAACAUAGCCGGGAUUGUCUUUGUCAAGGAACGGACUGCUUCAUAUGUGCUGGCAGAGCUUAUUGCACAACAUCCAGCAACUCGAGAUGUAUUCCGCUGCACAUCAUGUAUGGGGUCUACAAACAAGGGCAAAAAACAUGAUAUUUUCAACGUGCUGGAUUCAGACGAAGUGGACGAGACGCUGUUGCAGUUUCGAGAGGGCGGCAAGAAUCUGAUUGUGGCUACAGAUGUCCUUGAGGAAGGCAUUGACUUGACGGCUUGUCAUUUAGUUGUAUGCUUUGACCAGCCAAGUAACCUUAAGUCGUUCAUUCAAAGACGGGGUCGUGCUCGACAGAAACAAUCGACAUUUGCGAUUAUGGUUGCAGAUGAUGAUACAUCGGAUGCGAUCAAGCGGUGGCAGGAGCUCGAGGAAGAAAUGAUCCGACUGUAUAAAGACCAUAAGCGGACGUUGCAAAAUCUCGAACAGUUGGAGGAAUUGCCAGAGGGCGUUGGAUUUCAACUGAGUUUGCGGACGGGAGCAUUGCUAACAGCAGAUACUGCGGUUUCACACCUUUAUCAUUUCUGCACCACGCUACAAUCCAAGGAGCUUGUCGACUUACGCCCUCGAUUCAAAAUCGAGAAAGAACCCAAAACCGGCCGGUUCAGAGCCACAGUCAUCCUCCCAAGUAGUCUCGAUCCAACCCUCCGUGUUGCGCAAGGUCUUCUGUGGUGGCUCACAGAGCGUGCAGCCAAAAAGGACGCAGCCUUCCAAGCAUACACCGCAAUGCAUCGAGCAAAGCUGGUGAAUGACAACUUCCUUCCUCUAACCCAGAGUCGAUUCUUAGCACAAGACGCCGAGGGCGAUGAGGAUAUGAUCAACAGACCCAAAUUCGCCAAUUUCGACUCUUACGACCCAUGGAAAGAGAUGUCGAGGUCAUGUUUAGGCGCGAAUGUACAUAGGUCUCGCAUUUCCAUAAAACAGAACGGGAUACCUCGUCCUGACCUUGGAGUAGCCAUGAUAACACCGGUCGAAAUACCCGGAGCGGAACCCUUGACGUUAUAUUGGGACAGCGAGACUACUUUCGAGAUCUCUUCGGAGAAAUCAGAAGCCAUUAGUGUAUCGCCACUUGACAUACAGCUUAUGCGAGAGACUACGCAAAUUCUACUGCACUCUGCGCGGACAAAACAACCGGAGGGUGAUGACAAAAAGCACUAUGCUGUCUUGAUAACUCCAGACGUUCCGGCUGAAACUGCUAGCCUCGCAAAAUGGCUGGGUGCUAACAAAGGCACACAUAACUGCCUACAGUGGUAUAACGAGAACUAUCCUGCUGCUCCACCUGGAAUUAUUAGAAGCCGUACAGUAUACAACAGGCCACACCAAUUUGUCCGCUGGAUACCUCCCGAGAAUGGCUCAGAACUGUUGGUGCAGGUGCGGCCUUUCAAAAGGAACUGGGACUUGUUACAUCGAAAUUCGUCGUUAUCAGCAGUGCAGAAUCCCAAUGGUAAGGAAUCAGAAGCCAAGGACACGCAGAUACAAGCCCGAAUCUGCACUUCUGACCGUCUACCUUGGGAAACGGGACGGGUCAGCAUCCUUCUGCCUCCGCUGAUGCACGAACUGCAGCGGAAUCUAAUAGCAGUAGGUCUCUGCAAAACGUUGCUACGGGAUAUUCCCGGGAUCAGUAUCCGGACCGUCGCAGAAGCCAUAACGUGUCCCUCAGUACAAUGGACGAAUAAUUACCAGCGCCUUGAAUUCCUCGGUGACGCUGUCCUCAAAUACGCUGUGUGCAUUCAGCUCUUCCACGACAACCCACUCUGGCCCGAAGGGUAUCUAACCCAGCGGAAGAGCCAUGUUGUCUCCAACACAUCACUCACAGACGCUGCCAUGCGCGCAAACCUACAGAAAUACAUCUUCACUAAAGCGUUCAUGGCCCGUAAAUGGACAGUCCCAACCCUAACAGCAGCAAAGUCUCUUCCCGCACCCCCCGAAGGGGAACUGUCAAUCAAAAUGGCCGCAGACGCCCUAGAAGCCCUUAUCGGCGCAGCAUACGUUGAUGGCGGCAUACCGCUCGCCUGGUCAAUGAUCCACCUAUUCCUCCCCAACGUCGUCCGAGACAUGCCGCCAUCCAUCGGCUCCUCACCAGACCAUAAUCUAAGCCCUAUCCCCAUCGCACCGCUAAACCUCGACCAUAACAUCGACCAACUAGUGGGCUACCAUUUCACAGACCGUUCCUUGAUCUGGGAAGCUCUCACCCACCCUUCGUGGCAACGAGACCUCUCCACAGGAUCCUACCAGCGCCUCGAGUUCCUGGGCGACGCGUUGCUUGACCUCAUCAUCAACCGCCGCAUCUUCGCACACACACCCGCCAUGCCAGAGAGCACAAUGACACAUGUCAAAGCCGCGCUUGUGAACUCGCACUUCCUCGCUUUUCUCUGCAUGGAACAUAACCUCAAAACAGAGGUCCGUUCGAUCCAGCAGUCUCCACAAACCGGAAAAUUCGAAACCACAGUUACAAAGGGUACUCUUGAGUUGUGGAAAUUCAUGCGCUUCGAUAGCCCCGGCAUCCCAAUCGGCCAGCGCGCGCUCCUCCAGCGCCAUGCGAACCUCCGCGACAUGAUCAAGCACCAGCUAGAAUGCGGGGAUACGUUCCCCUGGGGCUUACUUACGCAACUACGCGCCGAAAAAUGCUACUCGGAUAUCAUCGAGAGCAUCAUAGGUGCGAUCUUCAUCGACACACACGGAGACAUCGACGAAUGCGAGAGAUUCUUACGCCGUAUCGGGUUGAUGAGACAUCUCGACCGCGUCCUGGUAGAUAAUGUGAUUGUUAAGCACCCGCGAACGAGGCUUUAUACCAUGGUUGGAUCGAGGAAGGUCGAGUAUAUUAAUGUGCAGGGCGAGGGGGACAUUGAGGAUGUUGGGAUUGGUGUUCGUGUUACGCUGGAUGGGGAGGAGUUGGCGACUGUGCUGGGGUGUUUUUCGAAGGAUGAGGCUGUUGCUAGGGGGGCUGAAAUGGCGGUUGAGAGGUUGCGCGAGAUUCUUUCAAUGUCGAAUGAGGGAUAG